AUUCCCACUUUCCAGUUUGAUCUUAGGCAAUAAGUUAGGGAAUGUUGAUGAAAUGGAAUGAUUAUAUUUUGAUAAAAAUUUAAAUUAUUACUUGAUUGAAAGUAGGUUAAGUUACAAAGUGUAACCUUUGUAACUUAUUCGUAUUAAGUCGUAUUUUAGUCUAUACAUUUGACGACUCAUUUCGAGUGUUGUGUUAUAUAUUUGUGAUUAUAAAUAUUACUAUACUAAAAAUGACAGCAACAGAAUCAAGACUUUGCCGGUCUACUAAAACGAAGAGGUCUAGAGUAGAAAUAAACAUUCGCGUACUUUUAAAGAAAUGUGAAACGAUGGCGAAAGAGGACCCUAUUGAUGCGAACUGUAAACUCAAUCAAUAUGUUCUGUAUCUAGAGGAUAUGAUAAGUGAAUUAAAAAGUGAUAGUCAGAAUAAACCAUGUAAAGAUGAUUUGGAUGAUUACAUGAAAAGGGCAGCAUUUCUUAAAGGAGUAAUACAAACAGCUAGUCUUAAUAGUCCUACUGAAAAGCUAGAAGCAGUACAAUUGCUAUCUCAUGGUGCAGCAACUAUUUCUACCGAUACAGCAGCUCAAGAAAUACAUCAAAAAACAGUUGCAAAAUAUGGAUUGGAAUUGAGGUCUGAACUGUUUGGCCUAGAAGACAAUGAUGAAACAUUAAGAAAAAGAAAUAUCAUCAAGGCUCCUAACUUCACAAGUAAUACGAGCAGUCAAGAGGAUAUUGACUCGCUGCUUAAAUAUCAUCAGAACAUGCAGGAGAAGGUCGCUGAGAACAUGGUGAUGUUGACUAAGAGCCUAAAGGAGCAGUCACAAAUUGCAAGCAAGAUUAUUAGAUCUGAUACAGAGGCUUUGCAAAAGUCCUCGGAUUUAACAGAUAAGAACUUGGGUUCGCUGAAAGUGGAAUCAGACAGGUUGCAGGAGCACAGUCGAAGUGCUUGGAAGUGUUGGCUUUGGCUCAUGCUUGCAGUUGUCAUGGUCAUAUUUAUCAAUAUGGUGCUGUUUAUGAAAGUUAUGAAGAAGAGAAAAAUUGAUUUGUAACUAUCAUCACAGCAGACAUUUUAUAUUAUUUUUUUUGUUUUUAAAGGGGUAUGUAAAUAAAAGUUUAUUAGUGUUAUUUUUAUAGUAUUUUAUUACUACAUUUAAAUUAAGUUCAUAUCAUAGUAUGUCUAAUAUAUUUUAAGUACACAUCUGUAUAAUGUAUAUUUAGUGCCAAUUCUAAUUCUAAAUUUCAUUAAUGUGCGUGAUUUUUUUGCGGCCCACAUUUCUAUGUUCAAUUGCAAACCAUAAUUGGAGAGCCGAGGUUGAUAUUAUAAUUUACUGCUUUGACAUUCCAAUAAACGAUAUACGGAAGGUG